AACAACCGAGUAAAAGUUUUUUCUAAAGCAUAAAUUGAGAUAUAUUUAUUUAUUAUAAUAAUGUUCGUUUUACUAUUGUUUAUUCUAAGUUUAUGUACUACUCAUAGAUCGGUGUUGGGGGAAAUCGUUCUGACAAAAUCACGAUGCUAUGCGUUCUGUAACAUGUUUCCGAGUAAUAUGCUUAAUUUAUGCGUCCACACAUGCAACAGAUUAUUCAGAAAUGGUGAUAGAACUAUCACUACACUUGAAGACUGCGAGAAAUACUGUGAUUCUUUCCGUUAUGAAUAUCGAUCACGAUGUAAAUACUAUUGUUAUCAAGAUAUGGGAUAUUUUGAUUCGACGGUUCAAACAAAAAGACCACUAAAAUCAAAGUCAAAGAAGCGAAUUGCUGACAAAUCAUAAAUUAAUAAUGUUUGGAGCACGUAAAAGAAAAUACAGCAUCGA